AUGGAAUAUAUAGUUACAUAGAUUGAGUAUUUUACAAAAUAUCUUGAAUCAAAAUGGAUCAGAAGUGCUCCUAUUUUCUAUGUAAUGACAGGAAUACUACUUAGUUCUAUAAAUUCCUUGUUAAGUAAAACUUUGGGAAUGAAUGCAAACCAAAUAGUGUUUGGGAGAGGGAUAAUUGUGUGUAUAAUUGGAAAAUUAGUUACACAAUAGUAAAAUAUAAAUUUAUAUGGGUUUGAUGCUGGAAUUUAUUAGAAGCUGCUCCUCAGAAGUCUUAUAGGAUGCUUUGCUACUCUGUUAUUCUAUACAGGAUUGUUUUAUGUGAAUAUUUCUGAAGCCUAAGUACUAAUGUAAACUACAUCAUUUUGGACUACUAUCUUGGGCAUAUAUAUUUUAAAAACAGAAUAAUUUUCAUGGAGACUGGUGCUUAAUUUUUUGUUUUGCUUUAUGGGCAUUAUCUUAUUAGUGCAACCUCCAUUUUUAAGGAAAUUAGCGGGUGAGUAUGAAAUUGCAGAUGAAAAACAAAAUUAAUUUUUGGGAUGUUUAAUUUUGCUCCUGUCUUCAAUGUUAUUUUCUCUUGUUUAAGUGCUGAUAAAAAACUUAUCACAUAAUGUCAAUCAAUUGGUGAUACCACAAUAUUUUAGUAUAACUUCAAUCAUUUUUUCCUCGUUUUUGGCUACGUGCAAUCCAGAUAUGAUAUGGAGAGUACCAAGUGUAGGCGAUUUGAUUAAAUUGUGCUUGAUUGGAAUAGUUUCAUAUUUAUAAUAAUUAUUGAUGAAUAGAGCUUAUAUGAAAGGGAAUUUAACAGAGAUGGCAAUGCUUGGUCAAACCUAAUUAAUAUACGGCUACUUAUUUGAUAUAUUGAGAGGUGCUCAUAUAUCAUUUCUUAGUAUCUGUGGGUCAAUUUUAAUAGCAAGUUCUAUAUGUAAAAGAAUAUUGGAGAAGAAUAAAGUUUAGGAUCAACUUUCUAAAUGA